UUCUUUCUGCUCUCCUACUCAGGCAGGAGUGAGAGGCCCCUGGAGUCGCUGGCACUGGGAGCUUUGCAGCAUCAACGGUAACCAUGAGCCCCCUGCUUCUGCUGUGCGUGUCCUUGCCCUUCAUCUCAGCAACAGUAUUGUUUGAACAUGAGAGCCAAGACGAUCUGGAUGGUACAUUGCGUGUGAGCAUCCCCAUGGAGAUGCCUCUCCGUCCUCUGCUGGGUAGCAAGGUUGUGGUACCCUGUUACUUCCAGGACAACACAGUUGACGACCCCGGAGCCCCGACCGUUGCCCCGCUUUCCCACCGCAUUAAAUGGACCUACGUCACCAAGGAGAAAGUCACUACAAUCCUGGUGGCGACAGAGGGGAAAGUUCACGUGGAGACGGAGUAUUUGGACAGGGUGACAAUGAUCAACUACCCACUGGUGCCCACCGAUGCCACCAUAGAAAUAACAGAGCUGAGGUCAAAAGAUUCUGGCACCUACCGCUGCGAGGUGAUGCACGGCAUUGAGGACAACUAUGACUCUGUGGACAUCCAGGUUCAGGGUAUUGUGUUCCAUUACCGAGCCAUCUCCACCCGCUACACACUGACAUUUGAAAAGGCAAAGGCCGCUUGUAUCCAGAACAGCGCCACCAUCGCCACUCCAGCCCAGCUUCAGGCUGCUUAUGAUGACGGAUACCACCAGUGUGAUGCUGGAUGGCUCUCUGAUCAGACUGUCAGGUACCCCAUCCAUGAGCCACGGGAGCGUUGCUUUGGAGACAAGGAGGACUUCCCUGGCGUGAGAACCUAUGGUGUGAGAGACGUCAACGAGACCUACGACGUGUACUGUUUUGCUGAGAAGCUGUCAGGCAGGGUCUUCUACUCCAUGUCUGUUGAGAAGUUUACCUUCUAUGAAGCAGGAGAUCAGUGUGCCAAACUCGGCGCCAGGCUUGCCACUACUGGAGAGCUUUAUCUGGCCUGGAAGGCUGGCAUGGAUGUGUGUAACGCUGGCUGGCUGGCAGAUAGGAGUGUACGCUACCCCAUCAACAUUGCCAGGCCUCAGUGUGGAGGGGGGCUCCUGGGAGUGAGGACCGUCUACCUGUUCCCUAACCAAACAGGAUACCCCUACCCAGACUCUCGCUAUGAUGCUGUCUGCUUCCAAGCUGGUGAGGAUGACGGUGCUGUGCCAGUGAGGACAACCCCUUUCCCAGACAUCAUACGCAUAACACCUGCCCCUGGGAUGUACCCAAGCCUCACCCCCGCACCUGGGGGAGAGGAGAUCAAACGUGGAGAAGUUGACACCCUCUCCCCACUUCCCAUCCCACCCAGUAUGACAGACAUAUAUGCUGCCAUGGGUCCCACAGGUGUGGUUUUCCACUAUCGACCCAUCACCGGCCGGUACACUCUGACAUUUGUGGAGGCUCAGCAGGUCUGCAAAAACAUUGGGGCAGUAAUUGCCAGCCCCCAGCAGCUGCAGGCAGCCUUCGAGAAAGGCCUGCACCAAUGUGACGCUGGCUGGCUCCGCGACCAGACUGUCAGGUAUCCCAUCGUGUCACCCAGAGAUAACUGUGCUGGUAAUCUGCCACACCUUCCAGGAGUCAGAUCCUACGGCCUGCGACCUGCUAACGAACGUUACGAUGUAUUUUGUUAUGUGGAACGUCUGCAAGGGGAGGUCUUCUUCACCAGUGACUAUGAUAGCUUCUCCUACGAGGAGGCCGUGCAGCACUGUCAGAAACUCAACACCACCUUAGCCACCACGGGACAGCUAUUUGCUGCCUGGAACCAAGGGCUUGACAAGUGCCGCCCAGGCUGGUUGAUGGACCGCAGCGUCCGCUACCCUAUCACAACACCCAGGUCCCACUGUGGAGGCGGCCAGGUUGGGGUCCACAUCAUCUAUGCCUAUCCCAACCAGACCGGAUUUCCUGAUGAGCACUCGCGCUACGACGCCUAUUGCUUUAAAGCUGAAACUCCUGUUGUUCACGUUGAAAAUGAAACCAGUGUGGAUCUAACAGUUGUGACGGAGGAUGUUAUCAACAGGACAACAGUGACAGUUGAUCACUUUGCUCCUACAGUUCAAACUACUGUACACUACACUGAAACUGAAACCAGGGUGAAUAUUACAGAAGUGGAGGAGUUCAUCAACAAGACAACCAUUACAACUCACGAAGUUGCUCCUCCUGUGAGACCCAUUCUACCUCCAGUCCAUGUUGAUGAGUCCGGCUCUGGUUCAGGUGAUCAUUCAGCUACCUGGGAGAUCUCCGGGGAGUCCAGCACCUCCGGUACCAGUGGUGAUGCCUCUGCUUCAGGACAAGACAUCAUCUUCAGCGGACGCACUGAUGUCUAUUCUGGGUUUACGUCUGCCUCUGGAGGCCCACAGGAGGCAGAGGGGGGAGAUACUGUCAUUGUCCCAUCUGAAGAACUGGGUAGUGCAUCUGGAUCUGGGGAGGGCUUGGACAGACAACACAGUGGUUUCGGUGUAUCAGGAUCAGGUUUUACCAGUGGAAGUGGGGACAUUGAUGCCAGCGGCAGGGACCCUAUUAUCAUGGUGGAUGAGAAGAUGGAGGAGGUGUCUCAAACUCACCAAAGACCCUCUGAGCAGGAGUUAGGCCAGGGUGGGAUUGAUACCAGUGGGGCUUUCUUGGAAUCCGGAUCUGGAAGAAUGUCCGGGUCAGGAUCCGGAUUUUCUGGCAUCUCAUUUGUCGACCAUGGUGCUGUUGACCUUACAGUCCAGCCAUCCGGUGAGCAGGAGGUGUCUGGUUAUCGCCCCUUUGAAUCCGGGUUCCACAGCGGCUUUCCAAGUGGUUUUCCAUCUGGUGUCUCAGGUAGCAGCUCUGCAUCUGGGGACUUUAUCUCACAUCGUGGUGAUGUAAUCUACCUAACUGAUAACGAAAUGAUGGAGGUGACCGUGCCGCCACUGGUGCGCCAUCCUGAGCAGGGCCGUGGGGUGGUGGAGGUCAGCGGGGAAGGAAGCGGGUCAGGGACCCAUCAUGAAAUCAGUGGCACUUUGGACCAAAGCUGGCAUCUUUCAGGAAGUGGAAUGCCUCAAGAAAAACCAGAAACUGAGAAGCUUUCUACUGCCCUGCCACCUGGAAUGAAUUACUCUGAGUACAUCGCCAGUCUCGGCCAAUCAGGAAACGGGGAGGAGGGUCAGGAAAGCCAUGCGGGACCUACAGUGUAUGUAGUCACUCCAGAUGCAGCCUACACCAGCCCAACCACAGCACCUUCAAUGUCUUUAGCAACCCCUGCUGUCGUGGAGCAGCCUGACGUAGUGGAAGACCCCUGUGAUCCAAACCCCUGCGGUUCAGGAACCUGCUCUGUGCAGGGAGAGCUCGCUGUGUGUCAGUGUCCUAGUGGUUUUACUGGUGAAGACUGCUCAACACCUGUACAGGGAUGUGCAGAGGGCUGGCUGGAGUUCAUGGGCAGCUGUUACCUCCACUUUGCGGAGAGGGAUACCUGGGCUGAGGCUGAGCAGCGCUGUCAGGAGCUCAACGCCCACCUGGUCAGCAUCGGCUCCCAAGAGGAGCAGCAAUUUGUCAACUCCAAUGGCCAGGACUACCAGUGGAUUGGACUAAAUGACAAGGAUGUGCAGAAUGAGUUCCGCUGGACAGAUGGUAGUCCUCUGACCUUCGAGAACUGGAGGCCCAACCAGCCAGAUAACUACUUCAACUCUGAGGAAGAUUGUGUGGUGAUGAUCUGGCACGAGGGCGGACAGUGGAACGACGUGCCCUGCAACUACCACCUUCCUUUCACCUGCAAGACUGGACCUGUCAUGUGCGGAGCUCCCCCUCAGGUGGAACAUGGUAGACCAAUGGGCAGCGGCAGAGAGCGCUACCCAGUCAACUCUAUAGUUCGCUAUCAGUGUAACUCAGGCUACACACAGCGCCACCUGCCUGUCAUACGCUGCCUGCCAGAUGGACAGUGGGAGGAGCCACAAGUGGAAUGUACAGAAGCCGGCGCCAAUAGUAACAGGCUACACAAAAGAUCCCUUAAAAGACGAAGUAAAGCGGUGAGCAGCCAACAGGAACAGAGGAAGCUGCUCUGAGCAGGAAUGAAAAGGACAGAGAGCCACAAAGGACCCCCCUCUUGUAAAGAAGCAUGGACACCAAUGCAAAUGCCCCACCAAAACGAUAAUAUUCCCUAUCAUGUAUAUACACACUCACUAAAGCACAUUUAUACAGAGAUUGACUGAUGUUUUGGAUCUUUGUGUGUCACCCUGCACCUUCUGAAGGCAGUUUUUGCUAUGUAUUUAUACUGUCUAAUUUAUAGCUGUGAUCUAGUAUUUGGAAGCAUUAUCUCAAUGUACGUGGAUGACAUUUUCUGCAAUCGCUUGCCAGCACUGCACACAAAGUCAGGUAGAUAAAAUGGUCAAAUAGUGAUGUACGAGGCUUUAGAGUGACACGCAAAGUCCAAAACAGCCCAAUAAAAUAAAAGUGUUUUCGAUUGCAGCUGGAUUCUCUGAAGUCAAACACAUUGAUAAAUAGACUUUUGCUAUAUUUUAAGGGUAUUUUUGUAGAUCUCUGUGUUGUCGUAGUUUUUUAAUUUCUUUUAUUUGGUCUCUAAGGACUACAAUUGUGAGCUUCAGACUGGUGAAACAAUACUGUUUCUUACAUUAAAGGUGAAGACAGUGAUUCUUAAACCUUUUGGUUGUGACCCCUUGAAGGUCUAGUGUGUGGGAUUUAGUGACAUCUGGUGGUGAGGUUGCAGAUUGCAACUAAGUGAAACUUCUCUCUUGUGCCAAACUUAAAGGAGCGCUACAGUGGUCAAUACCAAAACACAAACGGCCCUAGAGUCAGUAUUUGGUUUGUUCAUUCUGGGUCACUUGAUUUGUAGAUAUAAACUGCUCAUUCUAACAAAGGAUCUUAACCUCAGGAUUCUUAGUUACAGAUGACAAAGAAAAACAUGCAUUUCUGCCUAUAAAUCCCCCUAAAUCUGACACACCUGGCCUUUACAACACAGCAAUGAGCACAUGAUACCCUUCACAUCCCACAAUAUGGAGAAUGGUGAAGUUUGGUCUGAGGGAGGCCUUGACGCUUACAGAAGUGCAUAAAAUUCCAAAUCGGGAUAAAAGCAGGGUCAAAGACAUGCCAAUAUACUGGUGAAAUGUAUCGCCAUCUUUUGCCACAACCUCAAGUUUGAGAGCCACUGUGCAACAACACCACCACCGUGUCAAAUAUACUGAAAUGAUUGUGCUGUUCCAAUCAAUGAAUAUAGAAAUCCAAGUUUGUGACGUGAUUGAAGUCACUGCGACACACCUGGGUUGAAAUAAUCAGCACUCAUGCACUUUUGUCACUUCUGUGCUAAUCAUUUGAAUCCAGUGCACCUUAAACAUAACUUUAAAAAACCUUCAUCUGUAGCAGACAAACUUUAAGGAAACUAUACUGAAUAACGAGUGAGAUCUGCAGUGUGACACUGAAUUGGCCGGCUUUUCUGCCAGGAGAAGAAAGUCCACCUCAUUGGGUCAUCUGUUGCAAAACGAUUCACACCCGGUUUUGAGGUUUGGGGUUUAUAUUUGUGACUUCUCAAGAGCAAUCGAUGACUUGUGUCGGCACCAUCUGAUGUGAGAAUCAUGCUUUUAUGAGAUUCAGUGCUUGCUGAAUGAAGUUUCUCACUGUAAAUAUUCUCACUACAUUCUCUGAGCAGCAGGAUCUGUCAAUAUCGACCGCAGAGCAGACAAUUUAAUUGUUUGUUUGAUUCAUCAUCAACCUGUUUGUUGAUUUACUUUAUAGUUUAAUUAGAUGGUAAGUUGCAGUUAUGAUUUACUUAACAAGUGGGUAUGACUUAAAUUUUGAGCGCCAGCUGAGCAUAAAGCCUCAUCUUUUGCAGAGGUUUCUGGCUGUGAUUUGUAUGACAGGGUCUUUAAACAGAAAUGUACUUCUUAAAACUUGAGAAAUGAAACAAUUUUAGGGAAAAGAAGCUGUGAAAGCAGGGAAAUUUUGUAUAAAAAAAAUAUGACAGCGAAGAUGAAGGUGAAAGUGAUAAGAUGUUGACCAUGACCUUUUAAAAAGGUCAAGAUUUACUUUUCAACUCUGAGUACAGAUACAUGUGUCUGCCUUCUCUUUAAAAAAAUCACAAAAUCUGAAACAGCAAAUACACACAGUCACACCGGUACUCUCAUGGACACACACACACACACAGUCAGCAUAUGAAAGUGGAGGAGUAAGAGUGAGGACGCCACCAAGUGAAACACCUAGCCUGCUAAAAGUUUGUGCAUUUUGUACAAGUAAAUAAAUGAACGAAGCUGAUCUGGAUGUAACUGGUGUCUGCUGGAAGUCUUUUACAUGACAGAAUUUGCACAAAUUUCAAGCCAACAUUUGAGUGAAUAAUAUUUGGACAGUUGAAGAAAAUCAGUGCGUCAUUGUUCUGAUUCUUCAACAAACUUUUGACAAAAGAACGCUGCACGCAGAAACGUCUGUUGUGACGUCAGA